CGCCAUCCAACGGCAGGAUAGAGGCGGGACGUCACUGCUCCAGGGCUUCAGGGUUCAGGCGAGGUGCGACCCGGGACGACGUCCGCCUCUCCCCUUCGUCCCCGCCGCCGGCCAGAUCUCGUGCCGCCCUUUCUCCGGUGACCCGCUCGGCGAGGUAUUCCCAUCCUCCCCUUCCUUUGUUCCCCCGUUCGCCAGUCCGGACCCCCGCAGGCUUCAGCCUUCUCCGGCAGGCGGCGCGUUGUUGUGGAUUUGUUUACUGCCCGGACGCCUGGUGGAGUACUUACCAGUACUGAAAAGAUUUUGGGGCUCAAUUGAACCCUCGUGUGCAUUUUCUGUGCAGACGACCGGUCACAGGAUGCAGUCUUUGGCGCGGACAGUCUGUCGAGCCGGAACCCGUGGCAAUCCUCUGAAGCUCAUGGAUUGCGCAGCUCCUAGGGUUGAACAGUCCUUCGCGGAACCCCUGAGGUCUUGCAGCUGGAUUCGUCAAAUUGUGAGUCCGAUCAUUCCACGCGACGGUGUUCAGGCAUAUGGUUUCUGCACGAGGGCUUUGGCGGCGAGGGGGUUCUCGACAGUGGGGACUGCCGAGGUUUCUGUUGAGGAUGAAGAUUCCAGCUCUCCCAUGGUUGAGCACCCGCCGCGCAUUAAGUUCAAGAGGCCUGACAAGACGGCUAGGCACAUUAUGAAUAUCUUGAACAAAGAGGCAGUCGACAAAGUUCGCACAGAGAGGACCAUUCCUGAUGUACAGCCUGGAUGUAUUGUUCAAAUGAGAGUGCAAGUUCCUGAGAACAAGCGACGUGAGUCUACAUUGAAAGGCAUCGUCAUAGCAAGGCGCAAUGCUGGGAUCGCUACGACUUUCAGAUUGCGUAGAUUAGUAGCUGGCGUUGGUGUUGAGUCUGUCUUUCCACUGUACUCGCCAAACAUCAAAGAAAUCAAGAUCUUAGACAGGAAGAAAGUCAGGAGAGCAAAGCUGUAUUACCUGAGGGACAGAAUGAAUGCACUGAAGAAAUGAGACAGCAUCUGCUUGGUUCUUGCCAUUUUGUUUCUGAUGUGGAUCUGUGUGGCUUCAGUUGUCACAGUGGUUGCAGGUCUAGAAGCUUCAUGUUUACUUCCAGCUCCUAAAACUAAUGUUUCAGGUCACCAUGCUUGGUUUUUGGGUCAAGCGCCAGCAGAAAUACCCUUCUGUGAUUUGAAAUUAACAAUGUGGAUCUGCCCUCUUUUAUAUUUUGUAGCAACUAGUGUAACGAGAAAGAAAUAAAAAUGCUCAGACCUCUA